AUGCCUCAGCGGGGCGAUGGCAGCGGCUACACGGCGCCGACAUCCCCUGCUCCGCCUGUCCCGCCGAGGAGGCUCAGAAGCCGGGACAGGGGCUCCGACAAGACCCGGCAGCCCGGGACAGUGGCGAGGACAGGGUCAGUGGACAGGCGGGUGAAGUGUGUGUUUGUGGGGGACGGUGCUGUGGGGAAAACGAGCUUAGUGGUCAGUUACACCACCAACGGUUACCCCACCGAGUACGUGCCCACUGCCUUUGACAACUUUUCAGUGGUGGUGUCAGUGGACGGGCAGCCGGUCAAACUACAACUGUGUGACACAGCUGGACAGGACGAGUUUGAUAAGCUGCGUCCUUUGUGUUACACCAGCGCAGACGUGUUCCUGCUGUGCUUCAGUGUCGUCAAUCCCACCUCUUUCCAGAACGUUCCUGAGAAGUGGGUCCCAGAGAUCCGCAGAUACGCCCCAUUUGCUCCCCUCAUCCUCGUCGGGACGCAGUGUGACCUCAGAGAGGACGUCAAGGUUCUUAUUGAGCUGGCAAAGUAUCGAGAGCGGCCCGUGGACCCAGUGGACGCCUGGGACUGUGCGAUGGAGAUAGGCGCUGUGGCCUACAUGGAGUGCUCGUCUUUGACCCAAAAAAACCUCAAAGAAGUGUUCGACGCGGCCAUACUGGCCAGCCUGCAGAAGUACAGUUCCCAAAAACAACAGAGGGGGAAACGAAAACGGAAAAAGCAAAGGCAGACACCGGACAAGAUGAAGAGUCUGUCAAAGUCGUGGUGGAAAAGGUACUGUUGUGUGGCCUAGAGCAGACCUGUGUUAGGAUUUGGUUUCUGCUGCUGGUUGGGUCCAAGUCUCUAAUCCUCAUCUGAUUUUGGAUUUAGCUGGGCUUGGGUUUCUGCCUGGACUCACAUCCAGUGUGAGUCU